UCUUCUUCUUCUUCAACCCCCCAAAAAAAAAAAAAAAAAUUAAAAAAAAAAUAGCAUGAUGGAGUUAUCAUCGUGCUUAAUUGUGUUUCAUCGUCUACUUAUAAGGCUUUUGCUGUUUACUAUUUUUGUUUCUAAUUAUAUAUCUUUUGCUUCUGUGCAGCAGCUAUUUUGCCAUGAUGAAGAAAGGUCAGCAUUGUUGCAGUUCAAGGAUAGCUUUGUCAUUGACAAAUCUGCUUCUUCUUUUGAAGGUGCUUAUCCAAAGGUUUUACAAUGGAAAUCUAGUAGUAAUUGCUGCUUAUGGGAUGGCAUAGAUUGCGAUGCAGAGACAGGUCAUGUAAUUGGCCUUGACCUCAGCAGUAGUUGUCUCUUCGGCUCUAUCAACUCCAACAGCACCCUCUUCACACUUGUUCAUCUUCAAAUGCUGAGCCUUGCAGACAACCACUUUAAUUUCUCUCAAAUUCCUGCUGCUAUUGUUCAACUGUCUGGCCUUACUUAUCUCAACCUUUCUAGUUCUACUUUAUAUGGCCAAGUCCCAUUCGAAAUUUCAAACUUGACCAGGUUGUCCUCCCUUGAUGUGUCUUCCAAUUAUGAUCCAGACACUGGUGAAAAGUUUUUGCAGCUUAGAAAUCCCAAAUUCAAAACAUUAGUUCGGAAUUUGCUUGGGUUAGAAAUACUUAUCCUUAGUUAUGUAGACAUAUCAUCUGAGGUACCUGAUUUGCUCACAAAUUUCACUUCUUUGACGACAUUGCAUCUUAGCAAAUGUGAACUGUAUGGUGAUUUUCCUGCUAAACUUUUUCAACUACCGAACCUACAGAGUUUGAUUGUGCAGUUCAAUGAGAAUCUCACGGGUCGUUUUCCUGAAUUCCAGCAAAGAAGCCCUCUUACAACAUUGAGACUAAGGGGUACCAAGUUUUCUGGAAGCCUGCCCUAUUCAAUUGAAAAACUUGACUCAUUAGAUAUGUUAGACGUUAGAAGCUGCAAUUUUUCAGGGCCUAUUCCAUUUUCCCUUGGAAAACUUACCCAACUUACGUAUCUAAACCUUAGGGGAAAUAAUUUCAGUGGUGAAAUUCCGUCUUCUCUUCGAAACCUUAUCCAUCUGACAUUAUUAUCAAUUGCAGAAAAUCAAAUAACUGGUCCAAUCCCACUGUGGCUGGGGAACCUUACCAAACUAACUAUGUUACGCCUUCAACAUAAUCUGUUGCAUGGUCCAGUUCCACAGUCAUUAUCUAUGCUCGUGAAUCUUGAAAAGCUUAAUAUAAGGGAUAACAAUUUGGGUGGCAAUUUGAAAUUUGACAUGUUUAUUAACAUGAAAAGUCUUACUCAUCUCCGACUUGGCCACACCAAUUUGUCACUGAUCUUUGGAAAAGCAAACAGAAAUGCAACAAGUCACCAAUUCAAGUCUCUAGAUAUGAGUUCAUGCAAGCUGAGAAAAUUCCCACAUUUUCUCCGGCAUCAAAAUGAACUAGAGGUGUUGCUUCUUGGUGGAAACAAGAUAAGCGGCCAAAUACCAAUUUGGAUGUGGAACACAAGCACACACACUUUGAUCGAGUUGGACGUUAGGAAUAACUCCUUAAGAGGCUUUGACCAGCUUCCUAAUCAGGUUCUUCCUUGGAUUAACUUAGCCAUGUUUGAUAUUUCAUUGAAUAAGUUUUUAGGACCUCUACCAAUUCCUCCACCAUCCAUUGUUCAUUAUGAUGUCUCAAAGAACAUGCUAACUGGAGAAAUGCCACCUCUAUUUUGCACUAUGAGUUCACUUCGAAACCUUGAUUUGUCUAACAACAACUUGGAUGGCAUAGUUCCGAAAUGUUUGGGAAACUCAAGUAGUGCUCUAUCGAUUUUGAGUUUAAGAAACAAUUCAUUUCAUGGCAUGAUUCCUCAACUAUGCAGCAGCAACAAUGGAAGUCAAUUGAAAAUAAUUGAUAUUAGUUAUAAUCAGUUGCAAGGGAAGCUACCACGAUCAUUGUCCCACUGUUUGAUGCUUGAAGCUAUUAUAGUCUCAAACAAUCAGCUACGUGAUUCUUUUCCAUCUUGGUUGGGAUCCCUUCCAGAGUUGAAACUUCUCAUAUUGCACCAAAAUGGGUUCUACGGUACAAUUGAGAAACCCAAAAAGGAUUUAGACUUUUCCAAUUUGCAGGUGCUUGAUAUGUCUUCUAAUAGUUUUACUGACAACAGAUUUGAAGGGGAGAUUUCUGAGGUGUUUGGGAAUCUUAAAGCCCUUCACUCUUUGAAUUUCUCCAACAACAUGCUUACCGGUUGCAUCCCAUCAUCAUUUGGGAAUUUAACAGAGCUUGAGUCAUUGGAUCUUUCUCAAAACAACCUCUCAUGUCGUAUCCCUCAAGAACUAAAGCAACUUGGAUUCCUUGCAAGCUUUAACGUGUCCCACAAUAAUCUCACAGGGCCUAUACCUCAAGGGAAGCAGUUUUACGCAUUUGAUAGCAGUUCAUUUUAUGAGAACCCAGAAUUGUGUGGUGAGCCAUUGCUAAAGAAAUGUGGAAAUUCAGAGUCCUUGCCAUCCCCUCCUGAAGAUGAUCAUGAGGAUUCAAAGUCUAUAUUCAAAAUGGACUGGAUAUUUAUAUUGGCGGGUUAUAUAAGUGGGCUAGUUGUUGGAGUUGUUCUUGCUGACAUUAUGAUGAAGAGGACACCUGGAUAGUUGGUUGAGAUGCUAUCCAAAAGGAUUAGAAAGCGAAGGAGGGGAAGGAGAACUUGAGCAGUAAUAUCAAGCUAUAUAUGUUUCUAUUUUACUAUGAUAUUGUGUAUUUUGCUUUGCCAUGUUGUUUAGUCUUAAUUACUCUGUUUUGUUCUGUUUUAUUUCAUGCCAUGUUAUUUCACUAGUGUGGAUUUGUAUGCUGUAUAAAUUGAGGUAUUGAAUUGAAAAAAAUAAAAACCAAAAAUUCUACA